CACUCUCUACACCAUUAAAGCCACGGAACCAAUUCCGACGCGACGUCUGGAUUGUUAAUUAAUUAAUAAAUUAUAAUAAUUGUUGUUUACAAUAACAUUACGGAAAAUGGCGUCGAUCACAUUUGUUUUUGCGGUAAACUUUCUUUUGGUGUGUUUCGUGCAUUUAAGUUAUUGUGGUACAGUCAUAAAGAUGCCCGCAGGUUGUGAGGACAAGCAAUACUGUGAAAUAAAACCCAACAAUUUCCCUCAGGCCCAUUUCGAUGAAGUAAUCAGAGAUAUGCAAGAAAAAGAGCUGUUGAAGCCGCAACGCUACGACGAUGAGCUCAAGGAACGGACGUACCACGACGAGUUCAAUUGUGAUACCAGAGUUAAGGUAAUUCGUCCGUUCAUAAUCAGGACCAACGCCACGAUGAAGUUUGUGCUUCAAACCAACAUAUUUGAGCAGAGGAUCAAGCAAACAGAAUGCCUAAACCAAGGCUCAGAGUGUUUCAAGGGACUAGCUGGAUUGGGGUACGCUGCUUCAUGCACACCUACUAUCGGAACCAUCAAGAUGUAUUUAUACGACCCUCUGGUAGCUGACGAGAAGGAAAGGCUCCAGUAUGAGGCUGUCAGCUUCCCAGCGUGCUGCUCUUGCAGUUUUAAGAGCAGAAUUUAAAUUUGGAAACAUGCUGAUUACUUUAGAACAAGUCAAUUAUAAUGCAAGUGACGGAGAGUUCUUGAAUACGCCUUCGAGCCUUUUUUGAUGAUCAAUGUCUGAUGUUAAAUGCACAUAAAGUCUGCAUAAAGAGUGGGACCUGCCUACCUUUGGCUUGAAAGGCUCGGCAGAUGAGUUGCAGUCUACGCAAGGAAAAAUACACGCAGCGUGUAGAUGGGAUGUCGAAAGUUUUCGGAUCUACCACUUUCGCUCUUGCAAACUUCUUGGGUGAGAGAUGGUAGAAGGGAAUAGCAUGCAAUGGUUGUAUCACAAUGAUUCGCUUCGAGAACUUAUCCUUGAAGAUUUUUGGCGACAUUUUGCGUAGGUACAUGCAAAGACGCAUGUAGCGCACUAUUUCGAACACUGAAACGAAUGUCUAAUGAUGAAAAGUUGUGCCUAAUACAAAAAAUGUCAUCAUUUGCGUACAUUCUCCCUCAUAUAUCCCAGUAUAGACUAAUUAAAUAUUAAUUAAUUUUAAAUUUUACUGCCUGACUGUAGAAGAUAUGUUUAUUUAUUUAAAAAUGUAACUUAUUUAGACAACAUUUAUUGAAAUAAGGUUAUACCCCACCAAUGACUCUUUAGAUUUAAGCCGCAUUUAAUGUAACCAAAACUUUUUAGUUAUAAGUACUAUGAUUAAAACGACUGAUAGUUUGUAAUCUAGGAUUAUAUACGAUAAAGUAAAAUUAUUUUAAUAAAAUGUUAAUAACUUAAACACUUUGUUAUAUUUUAAUUAUGUUUUAGUAGUCCCAUCCCUUAUUAAAGGUCUCACAAAGACCUCUUUCCGCAGAAAAUUAA